GUGCUGUCCUGCCUCAGCUUGCUGCUGGCAGCUGCUGUUGCCCAGCAUCCCAAACCCUGUGUUGUCCCCCUGCUGUUAACUGGAAGCUUCAGUAUGUCUGCUGGCAACGGAUUCAUCUGGAUCAGUGACCUACAGUGCUUUGGGGCAACAAAUGCGGCUUAGAAGUAUUGGAGUUACUGCGGGUCAGACCUUCAUUGUGGACCAAGUGAUGCUUUUCAAUGAGAAAGUCUAUUAUGAAAUCGACUGGAGCAAGGAGUCCUGCAAGAAGUUUCCCCUAAAUACAGAAUUCAUCUCCAUGCAAGUGCCUGCUAAUGCUGAACUGAUGGGACAGUCAGUCUUGGGGUCCUCCUCCUCUUGGGGAAUGGGUGUGCUAACCAACACGUGGUAUGGAAAGCUUUUGGAAAACGGCCAUUACACAACUGCCUUCACUGAGGCUGCAUUCCCAUUUUCUUUAGCGGCUACACUCCAGAGACUGGGUGGAUCACCUACAACACCUUUAACUGGAUAAUUGGUAUUUCUAAUCCCAUGGAUUUCAUCCCGCCUGACUUCUGUGUCGAC